AUGAUCUGCCACUGCGCUACUGGGAGCAAUGCAGCAGCUAUCUCGUGCGAGGACGUGAAGCACAGUGCGAAGCCAUGCCUGGAUUACGCGAGAGGCAACGGCGACGAGAAGACUGUCCCGCCCAAGUGCUGCAACGGGAUGCGAACCCUUUCCGACAAAGCAAAGACGGCUGAGGAUAAGGAGGUAGCCUGCAAGUGCCUGAAGAAGAUUUUCAAGACGCCUAUGCUGAACUUGGUGGAGAGCCGGUUGAACGUCAUUCCUCAAAACUGCAGAGUCAACGUUCCUUUCAAGCUCUCCAAGAAUCUUCAGUGUAAAGAGUACGUAAACUAG